AUGAGUGCUUUAUUUAAUUUUCAAAGCUUGUUAUCUGUGAUACUAUUAUUAAUAUGCACCUGCGCUUAUUUAAGGUCCUUCUUUCCAAGUAUUAUGGAUCGGAAUAAAACUGGACUUCUCGGUACUUUCUGGAAAUGUGCGAGAAUUGGUGAAAGAAAAUCACCUUAUGUCGCAGCUUGCUGCGUAAUAAUGGCUUUUUCUAUACUAUUUUUAACUUAA